AUGGAGGCGGAACUGCAAUUACAGAUUCCUGGCCUUGACCAUGUGAUCACUGAGUACUCAGUUGGGUACUUAACUCAUGCCUCAAAAGCCUAUGUUGAAGAUGUGAAUGCUCCAUCUCCGGUGACAGAAGCCGCCGACAUGGUUACGGAGCUGCUUGUCUCUGCUUCCGGUGACUUCUCCGCUCAAAAUGAAGAGGCCAUUCGUAACCUUGUAGAGAAGUUUAUCUCAUCUCUGAGCUCCUCCGACGGGGUUGAUGCAGAGCGCAGACAAAUGCCAUUCGCCGCUAAGAAGCUCGACCAGGCCAUCAAUGUCGGUUCCCAGCGGAACAUGUCGUCGACCCUUGGUUUGGCUGGAGGAAAUGUUGACCUUGAGUCUGUUGGUACACGCAAGAUGGAAUCUCGCGUUGACCGCAAGAAGCUGGAGAAGGCGGAACGCAAGAUCCGUGCCAAGCAGGAGAAGAAACAGAUGAAGACAGUGCAGUACGAAGCAUCUCGUCUGCUUAACGAACCAGAUGCUGCUAUGUCGUAUGAAGAGUUCUUCAUGGCUGUCAACCCUCUCCAGCUGGGCUCUGACUCUCAGGCCAAGAGUAAGGAUAUCAAGCUCGACGGCAUCGAUAUCUCAGUUGGUGGCAACCGUAUUCUAUCUGAAGCCGCUCUUACGCUCGCUUAUGGCCGCCGGUAUGGUCUAGUUGGUCAGAACGGUAUCGGUAAGAGUACGCUGCUCCGCGCUCUGAGUCGUAGAGAAGUGGCAAUUCCAAGCCAUAUUUCGAUUCUCCACGUCGAACAGGAGAUUACUGGUGAUGACACGCCAGCACUGCAAGCCGUGUUGGAUGCGGAUGUGUGGCGCAAGCGUCUUCUUGCGGACCAGGAGAAAAUUACCAAACAACUUGCCGCCAUUGAAGUGGAGCGCUCCUCGAUGGCCGACACUUCUACAGACGCUGCGAGGCUCGACCAUGAGCGAGAGGGUCUGGACAUCACGCUGAAUGAUAUCCACUCGAAACUUGCAGAGAUGGAAUCAGACAAAGCCGAAUCCAGAGCAGCUAGUAUUUUGGCCGGUCUUGGGUUCUCUCCUGAGCGACAACAUUAUGCAACGAAGACCUUUUCUGGUGGUUGGCGUAUGCGUUUGGCUCUGGCUAGAGCUCUGUUCUGCGAGCCCGAUUUGCUUCUUCUGGAUGAACCUUCUAACAUGUUGGACGUGCCGUCUAUCACAUUUUUGUCAAACUAUCUUCAAGGGUACCCAAGUACUGUUCUCGUCGUUUCUCACGACCGAGCUUUCUUGAACGAGGUUGCUACAGAUAUCGUCCAUCAGCACUCUGAACGUUUGGACUACUACAAGGGAGCCAACUUCGACUCCUUCUACGCAACAAAGGAGGAGAGGAAGAAGCAGGCCAAGCGCGAGUACGAGAAGCAAAUGGCUGAACGCGCGCAUCUGCAAGCGUUCAUCGAUAAAUUCCGUUACAACGCAGCCAAAUCCUCCGAAGCCCAGUCAAGAAUUAAGAAACUGGAGAAGAUGCCCGUUUUGACACCCCCGGAGAGCGACUACGUUGUGCACUUCAAAUUCCCCGAGGUGGAGAACCUUUCUCCGCCGAUUGUGCAAAUGACCGAAGUUACAUUUGGAUACUCGAAAGACAAGCUUCUGUUGAACAACGUUGAUCUAGAUGUCCAACUCGACUCUCGUAUCGGUAUUGUUGGGCCGAACGGUGCUGGUAAAACCACCGUACUUAAGUUGCUCACUGGACAGCUCGAGCCUACUUCUGGUCUCAUGUCUCAGCAUCCGCGGUUGCGCAUUGGAUACUUUGCGCAACAUCACGUCGAUGCUUUGGAUUUGACAACCAGCGCCGUGAGCUUCAUGGCCAAGACAUACCCCGGAAAGACAGAUGAGGAGUACCGUCGGCACCUUGGAGCUUUUGGUAUCACCGGAAUGACCGGUCUACAGCGCAUGGAGCUGCUAUCUGGAGGUCAAAAAUCUCGUGUCGCUUUCGCCUGCUUGUCACUGACAAACCCACACAUCCUUGUUCUUGACGAGCCUUCUAAUCACUUGGAUAUCGAGGGUAUGGAUGCGUUAUCCGAGGCCCUACAGAAGUUCGAAGGUGGUGUGGUGAUGGUAUCUCACGAUGUAACCAUGCUGCGGAAUGUUUGCACCAGCCUCUGGGUCUGCGACAAGGGAACGGUCCAGAAGUUCGAUGGCACCGUCGACGCGUACAAGAAGAAGAUCAGUGCUCAAGCGGACGAGGCUGGCGUGGCAGCAGCUCAUUAG